UGGUGAUCGUCAACUAAAGCCGCAAGUGAGGCCAAUAUCCAGCGAGAGUACUCUUCCGGUUCUUCUUAUCCUCUUCUUCAUUCUAGAGUUCUUGAAAACACUACUCAAAUGGCUACCUUCCUCUGAAUCCUCUUAUGGGUUCACAACCUACUUAUUUUAUGUGAUUUUUCCGUCCCAACUUUUUCUUUCUGGUUCCUCUUCUUGUGCAUGAUUUCAUCUGCUUUUCUUUUUCCAGUUUAAUUAGAAAGGUAUGAGUAACACAAUGAAGCCAAGGGUCAAGGUCAGGUUUCAUUUGGUUUACGACAGAGGUUAACCAAAACACCCAAGACUUUCAAAGCAUUCUUUUUACGUACCCGCGUCUCCUUGAUCUUUUUCUUCUUUUUUUUUCAUUUGUGCUUAAACAUGGAGAUAUUGUUCGUAUGUUGUGAGUGAAUUUUAAGCUCAUAUAUAUAUAUACUUGCGUUUCCUUUAUCCUUUAUGCUCUAGAAUUAGCUAUAUAUUAUUCUGGUUAAUUAAUUUUUGUACCGAUCGACGAAAAUGGAUGUGAUCGCUGAGGAAAAAGGGAAGAAGGGGCUGAUCAUCAAGACAUGGGAGCGAUGCAAAUCCAUCGGACGAGGCCGUAAGAGGUCCUCGGGACCCGUGCGUGCCCUGACUCUGAAGAGCAAGUCGUGGCCGUCGCUCAUGGAAGAAGAUGAAAAGCGUGCAAGAAAACGCCGGGUAGCUCCGGAAGGCUGCUUCUCUGUCUAUGUUGGACCUCAAAAGCAAAAGUUUGUGAUCAAAACAGAAUAUGCAAACCAUCCUCUAUUCCAGAUGCUGCUUGAAGAGGCCGAGUCGGAGUAUGGUUACGGUAACCAAGGCCCGCUUGCUCUUCCAUGCAACGUUGAUAUCUUUUACAAGGUGUUGUUGGAAAUGGAGGAUGGCCAUCAAAUUCAUCAAGGAUGCGGCUUGAAGCGCUAUGGUUCGUAUCACCUUCUUAGCCCGCCUCAAAUGGUCGCCAGAAAUACUCAGUUUUAAAUGUACGUGUGCCUGCAACGCAGCCUGUGCCUUUUGGUUCUGAUCGUUUUGUUUUUCUUAGACUCGAUCGUGUGAUAUAAGUGUUUUAAGAAUGUUUUGUGGGGUUUUCUUUCGUUUGUAAUUACAUGGUUAUGUGGGAUUCAUGAGUUUUCUUAGUUUCUGUAAUCAUGGAAUACUGCUGUACGUAAUCGAAGAAGGGGAUCGAUAUGCAGGAAAGAAAUCCAAGCUAUAUAUAUAUAUAUUCGUAUCAGAA